CUAUCCCUUCUAUUUCGACGUUGAAAUCGUAAUUUCAACCACUCUAGUCUAGUUGAAUUUAUUUUCAACGGUAGAGAAGUUAUGACGUUUCAAUGACGUAUAUUAGUAGUUCAUGAUAACACCGAUAGAUGGUUACGAUCGCAAUUUCGACGCAACUACUGAAAUUUCAACCGUCGAAAUCAGUUAGAAUCGGCCAGGCAAUGAUUACUGAUCGCUCUGUACUCUAUCAAUUUCAUGAAUUUCAAUGUUGAAACAGUGCCUGUACCUUGGCCACAACCACAAAAUGAUUGAUAGACAACGUAACCUCACUUAUAAUUAUAAAUAAAAAUAAUAGAAAAUAAACAAGUAACAAAAAUGAAUAUAUGUACUAUAAUUUAUAUAUUAUACCUAUAAUUUUAUUAAAAUCUCAUUUAGAUGAACCGCCUUAAAUUCCUAAUUGUGAUAAAUUUGAUAGCAUUUAUAAUAUUAGUAUUCUUUUAUGAUGUGUUUAGUCCAAAAGUGCAAAACAAGAAAUUUCCGUCGAAAAACGAAAGUGUUUUAUAUUUAAAAUCAUUAACGCCAGAAAAUGUAACGAGGACAGGGUAUAACGUUUGGUUAAUCUUUACCAAAGUGGCCGAAAAUUCGCCAUUAAAAUUAAAAUUUCAAAACCUAAUUGAUAAUGUACUAAACGUUACGAGUGUCCCAUUAAACUUUCAUGUGAUUACAGACAGUCUGUCUAGAAGAAUUGCACUUUCACAGUUUGUAAAUGUGUCGUCUCAUGCGAAGCAUCCAUUUGACUGGAACUUUUAUGAUAUUAACGAAGUGUCGAAUAUCAUGAAAGAUAUUGUGGCAGUAUUGACACCCCAUUUUAGUUCUAAACCUGGUACUUAUUAUAGCGAUGCAUUAUUUUAUAUUUCGCUCGGAUUAUAUCGCAUCGCUCCUCUUGAUCAAGAAAUGGCUGUUAUAUUAGAUUGUGAUUUAUAUUUUAAAGAUGAUAUAGUGUUACUUUUUAGAGAAUUUGAUAGGUUUAAGGGAGAUGCAUUGUUCGGUUUAGCACCCGAAUUAAGUCCGGUUUAUCUCCAUUGCUUGCAUAAAUACAGGCUUUCGGCAAAUACAACGUUUGGUAAUUUUUACAACUUGAACAGUACAUCGGGACUUGUGCAUCCACAUGGUUUUCAAGGAUACAACUCUGGUGUAGUUUUGUUAAAUUUACGUAGAAUUAGAGAAUCCCAACUGUAUUCUAAGGUAUUAAGCGAAUCGUUUGUUGAUUAUCUUGUUGAGAAGUAUAUGUUUAAAGGCCAUUUAGGCGACCAAGAUUUUUAUACAUUAGUAGGUUACGAAUAUCCAAAUUUAAUUCAAACUCUUCAUUGCGGAUUUAAUAGACAGUUAUGUACGUGGUGGAAAUAUCACGGUUACAAUGAUGUUUUCGACAACUAUUUUAAGUGCACACACAAAAUUGUCAUUUUACAUGGCAAUUGCAAUACUAAAAUUUUAAGGUAAUCUCAUUUGGAUCGUGGCUUGUGGUGCAUUGUUACUAAAACAUGUACAGUAUAGUAAGCAAUAAGUUUUCCAAUAAUGUUUGGUAGCCUCAUGUAGCCUGUAGGUAUUUUCUCAAGGUUUUAACUGCGAAAUACUUUAAUUUCGCAAAAAUUGUUACAUGUUUAUUUAUUAACUAAUUACUCGCUGGUAUUUUUCAGUAUUUUUUAUAUUUGUUUUUUUGCAUGUAUUUUUUGUUGAGAUUUUC